CCAAAUGGCAAAUCCAUUAGGAGACUACUGUAGUACAGUGCUAUAGUAUAAUUUCUGUAUAAUGGACCGAAUGUAACGUUUAUCACCGGCGAAUCUCGGUGAUGUUGCUGAUAGUGAGUUUAAAUAAACAGUUGAGUUGAAAAGUAAAGCUUACAAUGGGCUCAGAGGAUGUGCUCAAGAGUGCUUCAAAACUGGCCUCUUAUAAUGUUCUGCUUCAGGUGAUGUUUCGAGUAUUGACGUUUCUCUUGAACGCAUUUACUUUACGUUUUGUGUCUAAGGAGCUGAUAGGUGUGGUAAAUGUCAGGUUGAUGCUGCUCUAUUCCACGUUGGUGUUUCUGUCUAGGGAAGCGUUCCGGAGGGCGUGUCUAAGCGGCGACGGGGCGGGGCGUAACUGGAGACAGGUUAUCAAUCUAUUAUGGCUCACAUUUCCUGUGGGUUGUAUGUGGGGUGUGGUGUUGGUGUGUGUCUGGUGGUGGCUGCUCCAGGCACCUGAUCCAGAGUCCAUCCCUCAUUAUGUCCCAGCUGUUGGAUUGUUCAGCUUGGCUGCACUUACAGAGUUGCUGGCUGAACCUCUCUGGGUUCUUGCCCAUGCACACAUGUUCGUUCGUUUGAAGGUGAUUGCUGAAAGCUUAGCCAUGAUUGCUAAAUGUCUUGUAACUGUAAUGAUGGUGGUCUCAGCACCUCAGUGGGGACUCUAUAUCUUUUCUGCAGCGCAGUGUGUCUAUGCAGGGUUUUUGCUGCUUUGUUACAUUUUAUACUUCAUUCGUUUUCUUGGCUCAGAGGAGGCAGAGAAAAAAAUGUUCCCUGUGAGUCGCAUAACAGACCUUCUGCCAUCUAGAGUGGAUCAUGAGCCACUACUAAACUGGAAGUUGACCACACUAACCUGGAGCUUUUUCAAGCAGUCAUUUCUCAAACAGAUACUUACAGAAGGCGAGCGUUAUGUGAUGACGUUUUUGAAUGUGCUUAACUUUGGAGAUCAGGGUGUUUAUGAUAUAAUAAACAAUCUGGGCUCAAUGGUAGCAAGAUUCCUUUUUUUGCCGAUUGAGGAGAGUUUCUAUGUGUUCUUUGCUAAAGUCCUGGAACGUGGACGAGAUGUACAACAUCAAAAACAAGAGGAAGUUUCCAUGGCAGCUGAAGUAUUGGAAUGUCUUUUGAAGCUGGUGCUUUUGGUUGGUCUUAUCAUCACAGUUUUUGGUUAUGCGUAUUCUCAUCUGGCACUUGACAUCUAUGGAGGGGAACUUCUGAGCAGCGGAGCUGGGCCAGCUCUCCUACGGUGUUAUAGUUGUUAUGUUCUGCUGUUAGCCAUUAAUGGAGUAACAGAGUGUUUUGUUUUUGCUGCCAUGAGCAAAGAGGAAGUUGACAGAUACAAUCUUGUGAUGCUGGGACUCUCAGCCUCAUUUCUUCUCCUUUCUUAUUGGCUAACGUGGAUGUUAGGAGGCGUUGGCUUUAUUUUGGCUAAUUGCUGCAACAUGGCUCUACGAAUUACUCACAGUAUUGUUUACAUACAUCGGUAUUUCCUGCAGAGUGAAUACACACCCCUGUGGGGGCUCCGUCCACAUUCUGCUGUUAUCAUUGCACUUGGCGUGAGCUCAAUCCUCACAACCUGCUCAGAGAGCAUGUUCUGCUGUGAUGUUGGCUGGUUGCUAAGGCUGGUUCACGUUGCUGUGGGGGCGAUUUGUCUCCUGGGAGUGGUCAUCACCGUAUUUCUGACAGAAACAAGACUUGUGCAGUUUGUCAGGACUCAGCUGUUACCAAAAUACAGCAAGAAACGUACAUGAGUUUUUCAACUUCACCGAGGAUCAUAUUGUGGACCAGAUUCAUUGAUUGCAAAACAAACACAGAGAAUAUUGUGAUGUAAUUCAAAAAUAUUAAGGGGUCGCCCAGUACGUAACUACUGCUCCAAUGUGCCUGUCAUUCCUUACGAUUGUUCAUCUUUUGCACAUUAAUGCUUGUUAUUAGACAUACAGAAGGUGUCUCUUGACUAUUUGCAUAAUGUUACUGCCAGAUAUACUGUAGCUGUGUAAAUCUGUGGUGAACUUUAUAUGAAUGAUUGAUUGUAUAAAAUGGUUAUAUAUAAAUAAUUUAAUGGUACUGGGUACCUUUGUCUUAGUAAGGUGUGAGAUGGACUGAAAAAUAUUAUCUGUUAUCAUAAUAUCUGGGGGGGAAAAACAACCUUUUUUCAUGACUGUACAUUGUUUAGUUUUAGGGUUUUUUCUGACAAUUUCUGAGAGCUUAACUGCAUCAACAUUACAUUUUAAAAUAUUUUUUUGAUGUAUUUUUGAUCAAAUAAAUGCAGUCUUGAU